AUGGGCUGGGGGCGCGCUGAUUGGCCAGGCGGGCCUGUUGGGCGGCCAAUGGGGGCGCGGCGCACGCGGCUGCGGCGGCGGGCCAGGCGCGCGGCGCGUGUGCGGAAGAGGGAUGCCCGGGCCUGGGCGCAGAGCAGGAUGGAGGUGGCGGCGGUGGCGGCGGGAGUGGUCCUCCAGGUGGGGCUGCCUCCCCGCGAGGGGGGCUACUGCGGCGGGGAAGCCGUGUCCGGCUGGGUGGGCCUGCAGCUGGCCGCGCCCUCGCCCCUCCGAGCCCUCCGCCUCCGCGCCGCCGGGCAAGCCUCCGCCGCCUGGAAGGAAGCAGCAGGGGGAGGAGGAGGAGGGGGAGAGCCCUCGGCCCCGCACCCCGGGACCCGGCUCCAAGCCCACGCCGUGUACCUCGACCUCCGGCAGACCCUGCUCGGGAAGGAAGAGGCCCGCAGCCAGGAAGGUGAUGAGGGCUUAAUCCUAUUAGGAGCUGGGAAACACGAAUUCCCUUUCAGCUUUCAACUCCCGCAGCAACCGUUGGCGACCUCUUUCACAGGGAAGUAUGGCAGCAUCCAAUAUUUUGUCGAAGCGAUCUUAGAGAGGCCAAUGGCACCCACUCAGUCCGUCAAGAGGGAAUUCCAGGUUAUUAGCCACAUUGAUGUGAAUUCACCACUUUUACUGACUCCUGCAAGGCAGUGCCAGGAAAAGAUGGUUGGAUGCUGGUUCUUCACCUCUGGGCCAGUUUCUCUGAGUGCCAAAAUUGAAAGGAAAGGAUAUUGCAAUGGUGAAGCCAUCCCGAUUUAUGCAGAAAUUGAGAAUUGCUCCUCUCGUUUGAUUGUUCCAAAAGCUGCCAUUUUCCAAACACAGACUUACCUUGCAAGUGGGAAAACGAAAACAUUCCGUCAGAUGGUUGCCAAUGUGCGGGGAAACCAUGUUGCCUCUGGCAGUACGGACACAUGGAAUGGGAAAACUCUGAAAAUCCCACCUGUGACCCCUUCCAUCCUUGACUGCUGCAUUAUCAGAGUUGACUAUUCCUUGGCGGUCUACAUUCAUAUCCCUGGUGCUAAAAAGCUGAUGCUUGAACUGCCUCUGGUCAUUGGCACAAUCCCAUGCACUGCGUUUGCCAGCCGAAACUCCAGCCUCGUCAGCCAGUUCAGUGUGGAUAUGAGCUGGCUGGCGCUGACCAUGCCAGAACAUCCUGAAGCCCCACCCAAUUAUGCUGAUAUCGUAUCCGAGGAAGAGUUUUCACGACAUGUUACUGCUUACCCGGCCCCGGUUGACUGUGAUGAACAACAGCUGUGUUGCCCUCUGUUUGCCUACAUUCAAGAAUUUCGGUUUCAGCCUCCUCCGCUCUAUUCAGAGAUUGAUCCACAUCCAACUGAAGUAGAAGACAGUCAACCGGUUUCAAUCAUGGCAUAAGGAUUAGUUGGAAAUAACUGCAUCUUUCUCGGAUGGCACGGAUGUCUUGAUUUUGGUUGUCUAUGUUUUCUGUUUAAAAUGCUUUUUUAAAAAAGCGGCAUUCUUACCGUGAAUUUGAAACCGUGCCUGAAGUCUCAGGUCCAAAUAAGUUGUGCCUCUUUGUGGAGAAGAGAGAGAAAGAAAGGAAAGCCUUGUGGUUUGGUUGGCACCGAAGAAGCAAUGCGAACCGUUCCUGGAUGAAGUGGACCCUCUUUUAUUUGGAUGGAAAGACAGAAUGUAUCAGAGGAGAGAAGCCAUAGAAGUUGCUGCACAGAGUAAAAGGAAGGAAGUUGCAACAGGGAGAUACAAAAGUUACACGCUGAGUGAGCAAAUGGAAUCAUUUUGUCUGUAUCCUUGCAAUCCACUCCACUGGUUUCAAGGGCUUCUUCAACUUCACUAUUUCACAAGAAUCUUCAAGAUUAGUUCAAAAAUUGCACCUCUGGCAUCAAGUCAAAUACUAGCACUAAAUCUCAUUCCAAUUUUGAAUGGAAGAUGAUGGUAUUACAUACCAUGUUAUGAAGCUGCAAGCAUUUAUUGUUAGAAGUGGAAGGAACAGCACCGUGACGGCAAAUAUGGGUUUUGUUGUAAUUUCUUUGCAGAUUGGGUUUUCCUGCUGGGAUUUUUUUUUGUAUUUAUUAGUAUUUAUUUGCAAGGUGAAUAGAGUACCUUCUCUUUUGCUUUUGUGGGUUUGCUGUGAUCUGAUGUAGGGAGCAGCCAGAUGUGUAGCUUCAUCAGCUUGGCCCCAUUUGGAGUCAAUGGGUUUUUAAACGGAGGCUGGAUGGCCAUCUGUCAGGAGUGCUUUGAAUGCAAUAUUCCUGCUUCUUGGCAGGGGGUUGGACUGGAUGGCCCAUGAGGUCUCUUCCAACUCUUUGAUUCUAUUGGGCUGAAGGGAGCCGCAUGGCUUUGACACUGUGUUGGAAGAUUGAAUCAGAAUUUAAAGUCGCACUCUUCAUUGCCUCGUUUCAGAAAAAGCAAAAGACCUACCUCUUUCUUGGAUAUGGGUUAUAAGCAAAUACCAAAAGGUCACUCCAGAGUUUGUACUGCUUCUAGCUCGUUUUGGAUGGGGAGAAAUUUUUCAGUCAAUCCCAUCUUGGAUAUAAUUUCUCUGUAAUACAAUUUAUAUAUUGUGUGAAAAAAAGAAAACAAAAAAUAUGUUUUUAUUUCAUUGUCCUUACCCCGUUACCCUCAAAUGUUUCUCUCUUUAAUAAGUUUCUGAGUGGGAACAGAAAGUGUGGGACAUCUUUUGCUGGGAGUGUAUGUGGUUGUCACUGUUUUGGGAGACUCACACUCCUUUUUGUUGUCUCUAGUUCUUUGAGGCUUUGAGGUGCCCAUUGUGCAAUGGCACGAGAGAGAGAGCGGAGUAGGUAACCAGAUCUGGUUCCUGACUGAUCUCAGAAUGGGCAAAGCGUGGCCUUUCUGAAAUCCAGUGGGCACAAAUAAUCCAUUCACGAACUACUUACUUCAGCGUGCUUUUGUAUAGAAUCACUAUCAGUUUCUGUUUGUUUCAUUCAUAUGGCCCCAUUUUCGUUUUCAAACGCUGCUUCCAAAAACGGGGAUUUUCUGAAUGAGCUGUUUUAUUGUAUUGUCGAAGGCUUUCAUCGCUGGAAUCACUGGGUUGUUGUAGGUUUUUCUGGGCUAUAUGGCCAUGUAAAAUUGCCUCCAGAACAUGGCCAUAUAGCCCGGAAAAACCUACAACAACCCAGCUGUUUUAUUAUUUCAUCUGAAUGAACAACAUUUUUCGUCCCAUUGGGCAGCAUGGAGGGGCUUCCCAGUCCCACACUCUCCUUCCCCUCAGUUUUAGGUCCAUUUCACUAAUUCUCAGGUUCUCUCCAGCAUUCAUUUGAGUUGUUAGGGUUAGUGAGAUAAACCCCUGUCUCUGAAUCCGGACAGGCAAAAUGCAGUCUGUGGCUCAUUGAUGCUGUUUUUGCAGACCUUGGCUCUUCUUCAGGCUCCAUUAUCUUUUAAAAUCAGUAGUAAGGCCCCCCUGUACUUUUCAACACACAGUAACUUGGAAAGACACUCUCUUUAAGAGUGUGUGUGUGUGUGUGGCCUGCAGGCCCAAAGUGCCCGUGACUGCCAGAGCUUACAGCCAAGCACCAAGCUGAGUACAGAGCGCCUCUUAAGUCAUCUGGUGCUCAGCUGCAAGCCCUGGCAAGAUCCUGCAAGAUUGGAUUGUAAUAAGGUCUCUUACAUAGCAAUAUUUUUUGCUCAUAUUGUUCCAAAGUUGUAAAUUAAUGAUAGAUGUUUUUCCAGCCUAAAACAUCCUGGCUUCAUCUCAAUUCUGGACAGAUGUUGACUCUCUUUAAUUGGUGUUGGUAAACAUAAGGAGGAGCCCCCCAGUGGUGCAAUAAGUUAAACCGCUGAGCUGCUGAACUUGCUAACCUAAAGGUCGCAGGUUCUAAUUCGGUGAGCGACAUGGGCUCCAACUGUUAGCCCCAGCUUCUGCCAACCUAGCAGUUCAAAAACAUGCAAAUGUUAGUACAUCAAUAGGUGCCACUCCGGCGGGAAGGUAAUGGUGCUCCAUGCAGUCAUGCCGGCCACAUGACCUUGGAGCUGUCUACGAACAACGCCGGCUCUUUGGAUUAGAUAUGGAGAUGAGCACCAGAGUCCCGGAGUUGGACACGACUGGACUCAAUGUCAGGGGAAAAUCUUUACCCUAAACAUAAGGAGCCUGGUGUUAACUUCCUUCUUAAUGUAAGGAACCUUGUAAACAUUUCCUUAACUCAAAGAGCCUUUGUCUCUGAUAACAUAAACAUGUUGUUUUUCCCCAAAAGUUUAUCAGUUAAUCCUUGUCACAGUUCUCAUCAGCAGCUUUUAAUUGUAGUCCAUGAAUGCUUUACCACCUCCUUGUAGUUUUGCAGUCUUCAUCUUAGGAUGGCAUCCCUAGACUAUAUAGACCCCAACCAUAUGUCUGUCAUACAAUUCCAGUCAAACCAUACAUUGUAUUUCACGACAGAGUUACCAAAUGUUGUUCCCUUCUUUCUGCAAAAGCUUAUUUAGUGGCGCAAGAGGCUAGAAAUGUCUGGACCAUCUUGCUUGUCUAAAUGAGGCAAGAAAGUGCACUUAACCUCCUGGCAUCUAUGCCCCACUUGUUUUUUUAAGAAAAGAUCUCUAUAACGCUUUAACCAAGACCACAUUGCAGCUUAUUCUGGGAACGACAGUUGUCUUAAAACCAAAUCCUCUGUGGGAUCACCUAUGCCUUUUUUAAGAAAUGAGAAUAUUAUGUAAUAAUAUAGCAAGAUUUGCAUCAGAAGGAAACUAAACAUGCUCCUUCUUGGCUCCUUCCCAUUACUUGAAUAGCAAUAACGUGGCUGUAUAAUAUGCAUGUCUUAGAGUAAAACCUAAAACAUUGAUAACUUAGGUGCUUACAAUGACUAAUACCAACAAAGGUUGGCAGUUGGUUAGUAUCAUUGCGGUUGUGUCAGCGCAACCAAUCGAGAUGGUGUUCUUUUGUUUUUAAUCUUGGGAUCACUUUCUGGGUUACUUGCAAAUAAACUGUGGCCUUAGGUUAUUCAGAAGCAUGGCAUUACCUUUCUAAGGGACUGAUUUGAAACGGAAAAGGCAGCGGUCUGCCUCUAACAUUUAAGGGCAGAAUGUUUCACCUAAAGAUAUAUAUAUUGCACAAUUAUGAAUUUAAUAAUGUGGGGGGUUUUCUCAGCAACUGUAAAACAGUGUAAAAACCGAGUAAAAAUGGGAAAUGAUUGUAUUUUAUAUGAAUGUAUGAACCCUAUGGGUUCUGGUUUUUUAAUAAAAACAAAUAACAAAAGUGU